UUCUUCUUUUUUUUUUAAGACGGGAAAAAAUGACGAUAAAGAAAAUCACUCAAAUCAGGAGAUGUAACACAUAUCGAAAGGAAGAAAGGAAAAUCGCGUUUGCCAAGCUCAAGAUAGUCGUGUAAUUGUUAUAUUUAUUUGUUUGUUAAGUAUGUUGUGUAAUUUAAAAAAAGCUAUAUCGAAACAACGAACGACGGUUAAAACCAUAGGGAUAUAACGUUUUGGAGGUAAAAAAUUUUGCAUUAUUGAUCAUUUAUUAUUCGUGUAACGUUCGAUUUCGAACGGAGCACAGUUUUGAUAUAAUCAUCUCUACAAAAUAUUUUCAUUAUUAAUAUAAUGUUUAGUACAAAAUUUAGGAUUUCUGACGGCAAAAUAUUACAUAGAAGUAUGUAUUAACACUAAAAUACACAUAUAUACAUAAACACCGAGAAAGACACACGUGUACACAGAAAUGAUAACACAAUUAGUAAAGCAUUGGUGAACCAUGUAUUGUAUAGAUAUAUAAGUUUGUUUUUUCUUUUUCUUUUUUUUUAAAGAAAAUUAAAAAAAAAGAAAAAAAACGAUGUAACAUCAACUUGUCAUAGCACGAACGAUACUCGCGAAAAAUCCUAAGUUCGAAAGGUCAACAAUAUGUAUGUAUAUGUAAGUAUGUAUAUGUGCACACAGCGAAGGAAAAACAUUUGAAAAUAGAUGACAAAAAGAUUCAAUAAUUUUAACAAAAUAAAUAAACGAACAAAAUUUAUGGCGAUCCAAUGUACAGUGAGUGAACGAACGAACGAACGAACGAACGAAUAUGCGCGUGUCCGUGCGACAGUAAAGAGAACGAAAUAUUAUAAAAUGCAUUUUAUUUUCUUUCCUAGAUCUCAGAAGGGUAUCUAUCCGUUCCAACAAUGUUUCCUUUCCCUAUGGCAUGUCAAAACGUCUUUAAAACACCUAAUGUGAUCGACGAAACGAAAAAACAAGGUGAACUCUUCUCACGAAGCGUUCACGAUGGUUAUUAUUGGUUCACCAAACAAGCUGACAAUUCGAUUGCUAAAUUCUCAAAUGGUAACGCAAUAUAUACAAGGCCACCCGAUUGUAUCCAUCAUACUAAUGAAGGACACGAAUUUCACGAGAACGCAACGAUCGCACGUUUAUCGAAUAUCGAAGCACUCCUCCAUCGUUACAAUGGAAAAUGUUGUAUCCUGAUCAACGAAGACGAUCACGUAGAAGAUCAGAAAUAUAUUCUAAUUGGUACAGACAAUAGCGACGACGGUAGUAGUUACAUCGAAGAGGACGAAGAUAAUGAGAAUGUCAAGGUCAACGAAAACAAGUCUUGUCGUUACGAAAAUAAUCGAGAAGAAUCUUCGCCUAAAUGUUCCGACGAAUAAACGAAUUUCGAAAGUUAUAAUUAAUCGUUUUUCAUCGUUUAAACUGAUUUAGUUUAGUCUUGGAUCUUUUUGCGAAUGAAUGAACAAUUUAUCAAUAACGUUACGACAAAGCAUUUCAUUUCUUCGUAACGACGGCACCCUCUAGAAUUUAUCCAAUGAUUAUAUUCAAUAAAGUUUUAUCGAUUUAU